AUGGCACAGUUGCUUGUACCACCAGGACCAGAAAGCUUCCGUCGCUUCAGUCGUGAGUCCCUCUCUGCCAUCGAGAAACGUAUCUCUGAAGAGAAAGCUAAGAAACCAAAGGGAGAGAAGGGAGAGAAGAAAAAACGAAAUGAUGAAAAUGAGCGUAAGCCCAGCCGUGACCUGCAGGAGGGCAAAUCACUCCCUUUUCAGUAUGGGGACAUUCCCAAAGGAAUGGUCUCAACACCGUUGGAGGACCUGGAUCCCUACUACAGCAAUCAGAGAACUUUCCUAGUAUUAAACAGAGGAAAGUUCAUCUUCCGCUUCAAUGCCACUCCUGCCUUGUACCUCCUGAGUCCCUUCAACCCUCUUAGAAGAAUAUCAAUGAAGAUUUUGGUACACUCAUUAUUCAACAUGGUGAUCAUGUUCACUAUCAUCACCAACUGUGUAUUCAUGACACUGAGUCAACCGCCUGACUGGGCAAAGAUUGUAGAAUACACAUUUACUGCAAUCUAUACAUUUGAAUCCCUCGUUAAGAUUUUAGCCCGAGGAUUCUGUUUAGGGAAGUUCACAUUUCUUAGAGAUCCCUGGAACUGGCUGGAUUUCUCUGUUAUUGUCAUGGCGUAUGUAACCGAGUUUGUGAACCUAGGCAAUGUCUCAGCUCUUCGCACAUUCAGAGUGCUGAGAGCUAUUAAAGCUAUUUCAGUUAUCCCAGGCCUGAAGACCAUCGUUGGUGCAUUGUUCCAGUCAGUGAAGAAGCUGUCUGAUGUGAUGAUCCUGACUGUCUUCUGCCUGAGUGUCUUUGCCCUCAUAGGGUUACAACUGUUUAUGGGCCAUUUACAGCAAAAGUGUGUACUGAAUGUCACAGACACGAAUGACAUAAACCCGCUCAAUGAGAGUUUGUAUUAUCGCCUCCCAGGCAAAAAGGAUGCAUUGCUUUGUGGAUUCUCCACUGCAGCUGGGCAGUGUCCAGAGGGGUACAAAUGUGUAAGAAUGGGAAGGAACCCCGACUAUGGUUACACCAGCUUUGACACAUUUGGUUGGGCCUUCCUUGCUCUGUUCAGAUUGAUGACACAAGAUUACUGGGAAAACCUCUACCAGCAGACAUUACGGGCAGCUGGAAAGCCCUACAUGAUCUUUUUUGUGCUGGUGAUAUUCCUUGGUUCCUUCUACCUGGUCAACCUGAUCUUGGCUGUAGUAGCUAUGGCAUAUGAGGAGCAGAGCCAGGCCACAAUUAAGGAGGCUAAGGAGAAGGAAGAAGAGUUUCAGGCUAUGCUUGAACAGCUGAGACGGCAGCAAGAGAAUGCUCAGGCAGCAUUAUUAGCAGGCGCUGCAGAGAGUGAGGAGGAUGGCAACAAAGGUAAUGGUACUGGGAGUUCCUCGGACAUCUCCAAGCUCAGCUCCAAAAGUGCCAAAGAGAGACGCAACAGGCGAAAAAAAAGAAAGGAGGAAGAGGGCAAAGGGGCUGAUGAGAAGUUUCCAAAAUCCGAGUCUCAGGACAGUAUACGCAAAGCCCGAUGCCGCUUCUCUGUGGAUGCAAACCUGCUCAACUAUGACAUGAAAUGCUCGUCUGCUCAUCAGUCCUUUCUAAGUUUUCGUGGACCCCUGUUCUCAUCUCGACGGAACAGCAGAACCAGCAUUUUCAGUUUCCGAACCCAAGCACAGGACAUGGGCUCAGAAAAUGAGUUUGCCGAUGAUGAAAACAGCAUUUUUGAGGACAACCUUAGUCGGAGGGGCUCUUUGUUUGUUCCCCGGAGGUGUGAUCGACGUAGCAGCAGUAUGAGCCAGUGCAGCUUUUUGCCACAUUUCCUACUUGCACCCAGUGGGAUCAAGCGCAGCUCUGUUGACUGUAAUGGAGUUGUGUCUCUGGUUGGUGGAAAUUCACUCCCAUCAUCACCCGUGGGGCUUCUUCUUCCUAAAGUGACAGUGGAUAUGGCCUCUACCGGAGACAAUGCUGACACCACUGACACUGAGUGCCAACAGGCUUGCAGAGGAACAAACCAGGAGUCUAUGGACUUCCUUGAGGGUCCAGAAGCCAGAAACAGAACUUAUAGUGUAGCUAGUGUCAUAACUAGCACAAUGGAGGAGCUUGAAGAGUCAAGGCAGAAGUGUCCUCCUUGCUGGUACAAUUUCGCCCACAAGUUCCUCAUCUGGGAAUGUUGUCCAAGGUGGCUCAAGGUCAAGAAGGUGGUUAGACUAAUUGUGAUGGAUCCAUUCAUGGACCUAACCAUCACCAUCUGCAUUGUGCUCAACACAUUAUUUAUGGCCAUGGAUCAUUAUCCAAUGUCCAAAUAUUUCAACCGUGUGUUGUCUGUGGGCAAUAUGGUAUUCACUGGCAUCUUCACAGCUGAAAUGGUCUUAAAGAUCAUUGCUUUGGACCCAUACUAUUACUUUCAGGAGGGAUGGAAUAUUUUUGAUGGAAUCAUUGUCAGUUUAAGCUUGAUGGAGCUUGGUUUGUCAAAUGUGGUUGGCAUGUCUGUCCUAAGAUCAUUUAGAUUGCUGAGAGUAUUCAAAUUGGCUAAAUCGUGGCCCACUCUUAACACAUUGAUAAAAAUAAUUGGUAACUCAGUUGGGGCUUUGGGCAACCUGACCCUGGUGCUGGCCAUCAUUGUCUUCAUCUUUGCUGUAGUGGGCAUGCAGCUGUUUGGAAAAAACUACAAGGAUUGUGUGUGUAAAAUCUCAGAAGACUGCACACUGCCCCGUUGGCACAUGAAUGACUUUUUUCAUUCAUUCCUCAUUGUGUUCCGAGUGCUUUGUGGAGAGUGGAUAGAGACCAUGUGGGACUGUAUGGAGGUGUCUGGACCGCACAUGUGCAUCAUAGUCUACAUGAUGGUCAUGGUUAUUGGAAACCUUGUGGUGCUGAAUCUGUUCCUGGCCCUGCUGCUGAGUUCAUUCAGUGCUGACAACCUGGCAGCAACGGAAGAUGACAGUGAUACGAACAAUAUGCAGAUUGCCAUUGGACGGAUUCACAGAGGCAUUGCCUUCGCCAAGUCCCUGCUUCGAAGCACCUGCAACAGUGUCUGUCUCAGGGAUAAGAAGAAAAAGAAGGGUGAGGAGAAAUCCCUGGACGAACUCCACAAACCUUUAGGACCCAAUGGUGUCCCCAACCAUACGAUCAAAGACUUUCCCAAGAAUGGCAAUGGAGAUGUGACUGGAGUUGACAAAAAUGGCGACAAGUACAUCGUCGUCAUUAGCAAGAGUGAUGAUUCCAUAAUGUCUUUCAUCAACAAUCCCAGUCUGACUGUCACUGUUCCUAUCGCUGUGGGAGAGUCUGACUUUGAAAACCUCAACACAGAGGACUUCAGCAGUGCCUCAUCUGAUAUUGAAGAUGAUGAUGAUGAUGAUGAUGGUCAGCUCAGUUCCUCAGAGGGCAGCACAGUGGACUUUGGGGAAGCUGGGGAUGGAAGAGAGUCUCUAGACUUUGAACUACAUGAUUCACUAGAUCCUGAUCCCUGUUUUCCUGCCGGCUGUGUGCAAAAGUUCCAAUGUUGUCAGGUAAAUGCGGAGGUGGGCUGGUGUAAAAUAUGGUGGACGCUGAGAAAGACCUGUUAUGAGAUAGUGGAGCACACAUGGUUUGAGAGCUUCAUCAUCUUCAUGAUCCUGCUUAGCAGCGGGGCACUGGCAUUUGAAGAUGUUUACAUUGAGCAGAGGAAGACCAUUAAAACAGUGUUGGAAUUUUCAGACAAAAUCUUCACCUAUAUCUUCAUUCUGGAGAUGUUACUGAAGUGGGUUGCGUAUGGAUUUGCCAAGUAUUUCACAAAUGCCUGGUGUUGGCUGGACUUCCUCAUUGUUGAUGUUUCUCUGGUCAGUCUGGCAGCCAAUGCCAUGGGAAAAUCUGACCUUGGUGCCAUCAAGUCUCUGAGAACCCUGCGAGCUCUGAGGCCCCUGAGAGCCCUGUCACGAUUUGAGGGCAUGAGGGUGGUUGUCAAUGCCCUGCUAGGAGCCAUUCCUUCCAUCUUCAAUGUGUUGUUGGUAUGUCUCAUCUUCUGGCUCAUCUUCAGCAUCAUGGGAGUCAAUCUAUUCGCAGGAAAGUACGGCUAUUGUGUCAACAGAACCACAGAUAAGAUUUUCUCUCCAAACGACGUGAAGAACAAGACAGAAUGUGAUGCCUUGAAAGAAGGUGCUCGCUGGAAGAGUGUUAAAAUCAACUUCGAUAAUGUUGGCAUGGGUUACCUUGCACUGCUGCAAGUGGCCACGUUCAAGGGCUGGAUGCCCAUAAUGUAUGCUGCUGUGGACUCUCCAGGCAAGCAAGAAGAACAACCAGAGAGAGAGAUCAACAUGAUUAUGUACCUGUAUUUUGUUGUUUUCAUUAUAUUUGGAGCCUUCUUCACACUCAAUCUCUUUAUUGGUGUUAUCAUAGACAAUUUCAAUCAGCAAAAGAAAAAGUUUGGAGGUCAAGACAUCUUCAUGACUGAGGAACAGAAGAAGUACUACAAUGCCAUGAAAAAGUUGGGGUCAAAGAAACCACAAAAACCUAUUCCUAGACCAUCAAACAAGAUUCAAGGAUACAUCUUUGACUUCACCACAAAACAAGCAUUUGAUAUUGUCAUAAUGGCCCUCAUAUGGCUCAAUAUGGUAGCGAUGAUGGUGGAAACUGCUGACCAAACAGAGCAAAAGGGCAAUGUUCUGUACUGGAUUAAUGUGUGCUUCAUUAUCAUCUUCACUGGAGAGUGUUUAUUGAAGAUGAUCUCACUCCGCCAGUACUAUUUCACAAAUGGGUGGAAUAUAUUUGAUUUCAUCGUAGUCAUUCUGUCAAUCAUUGGCACAUUUCUCUCAGAGAUAAUUGAGAAGUAUUUUGUUUCACCAACCUUGUUCAGAGUCAUCCGAUUGGCUCGAAUUGGCCGCAUCCUCCGCCUUAUUAAAAGUGCCAAAGGAAUCCGCACCCUGUUGUUUGCCUUGAUGAUGUCACUUCCUGCCUUGUUCAACAUUGGUCUCCUGCUUUUCUUGGUGAUGUUUAUCUACGCCAUCUUUGGCAUGUCAAACUUUGCUUACGUCAAGAAAGAAGACGGUAUUGAUGACCUUUUCAAUUUUGAGACAUUUGGAAACAGCAUGAUCUGUUUGUUCCAGAUCACCACAUCUGGAGGAUGGGAUGGCCUGCUAGCUCCCAUUCUUAACAGUAAUGAAGAUGAGUGUAACAGUACCACAGAGCAUCCUGGCAGUUCUGUUAAAGGAGACUGUGGAAAUCCUCCCGUGGGAAUUGCCUUCUUUGUGAGCUACAUUAUUGUUUGUUUCCUUAUUGUGGUGAAUAUGUACAUUGCAGUCAUCCUGGAAAACUUCAGUGUGGCCACUGAAGAGAGUGCCGAACCACUGAGUGAGGACGAUUUUGAAAUGUUUUAUGAGGUCUGGGAGAAGUUUGACCCUCGUGCAACCCAAUUCAUGGAGUACAAUAAGCUGCCACAAUUUGCUGAUGCUCUAGAACCACCAUUACGCAUUGCCAUGCCUAACAAGAUCGAACUGAUCUCUAUGGAUCUCCCCAUGGUGAGUGGUGAACGCAUUCACUGCCUGGACAUCCUGUUUGCAUUCACAAAACGUGUUCUUGGCGAGGGUGGGGAAAUGGACAUCCUAAGGGGGCAGAUGGAGGAGCGCUUCAUGGCCUCCAAUCCUUCCAAAGUGUCCUAUGAACCCAUCACUACCACCCUCCGCCGUAAACAGGAGGACACAUCAGCCUUGGUCAUCCAGAGAGCAUACAGACAUUAUUUAAGCGUACAUGCUGCCAUUAAGCCCUCUGACAAAUCCAGGAAUGAUAUUCAGAAGGAUGAACCACUCAGUGACAAAGAGAAUCCUGUCACAGACAAACUCAGUGUCUCUAGUGCGGAUAAAAAUGACCUAACACCUUCAACAGCCUCUCAACCUCUAUGUAACAGUGUGACAACAAAUGGAAAAAACAAAUAUGAAAAAGACAAAAGUGAAAAGGAGGUUAUGGGUAAAGAUGUCAGGGAGCAAGAUAUGUGA